AUGCCGGUAUACGCCUUGGGAAGAAUCCGGCAGAAGGAGAAUGAAUCAUUGAGGAAAUACCUCGAUAGGUUUAAAGAUGCCGCCCUCAAAGUUCGGAAUUUAACUGAGUCAGUACACCUCCAUCUGAUCAUCUCGGGAUUAGAUGGCGACUCUCCGCUUGCGAAGUCAAUCUACAAGAACCCGGUUAAUGACCUGGAAGAAUUCCGAAGAAGGUCGGACAAAUACAUUGAUGUUGAGGACAUGCAGAAAGCUUAUAGGGAUUCCAGAGGACGAAGCCCGAAUCGUCGAAGCCCAAGCAAGAAAAACAAAGAUCGGGAUCAACAUGGGUCGAAGAAUGGAAAAGACACUCGGGACAAGAGGUCGGACGACCGAUCCCCAAGGAGAAAAUAUGAUGAUUACACGUCUUUGAACAUGUUCAGGUCUAGGAUAUGGAAAGAGGUGGCCCAAACUGAAAUGCGCAACGUCGAGAGACCUCGACCGCUGAAAGCCAAGAGUGGAUUGGAUAGAAACAAAUACUGUGCUUUCCAUGAACAGAACGGUCACAUCACGGAUGACUGCUGGGACCUCCGAGAUGCCAUCGAAAAACACAUCGGAGAGGGGAAAUUGAAACAAUACAUCAUCCGAACUCAGGGCAAGAAGAAUAGUAAGCGAAGGCAGAGAAGCCGGAGCCGAAGUCGAAGCCCGAAGAGAGAGGAUAGAAAGGAUUAG